GCCAAAAGAGAUUUCAAUAGUACGGUUCACGCGUACUCUGUGAUUUCUCACGACUUGUUCUCCUUCUCAUACAAAUACAAGAAAGAAAUAUAAGUUUACGAGUAGUCGCGUGAACAUGGAAGGCUUCGAUGAUCCCGGGGUGUUCUUUUCCGACAAUUUCGCGGUGGACGAGCCCCACGAGAACCGCGCAAAUCUCCAACACUCGAAAAAGAAAUUCAAGGAAUUCAUCCGACAGUUUCACGAGGGUAACUUUAACUACAAAUACCGAGACACCUUGAAGCGCAAUUACAAUCUCGGUCAAUACUGGUUGGAGAUCAAUUUGGAGGACUUAGCGGCUUUCGACGAGUCCCUCGCCGAGAAGAUUCAGAAGCUUCCAACUGAGUAUCUGCCCGUUUUGGAAGAGGCUGCAAAAGAUGUGGCGGAUGAACUCACAGCCCCUCGACCAGAGGGUGAAGAAAAGAUGGAAGAUAUUCAGGUGCUGUUAUGCUCGGACGCUCAUUCGAGUUCUCUGAGAGGAAUGAAGCCAGACAUUGUCUCCAAAUUGGUCAAGGUGCCAGGAAUAAUCGUCUCUGCGUCUGGCAUCAGAGCAAAGGCAACAAAAAUUGCGAUACAGUGUCGCUCUUGCAAAGUUACUCAAGUCAACAUUCCCAUCAAGCCUGGCUUAGAAGGAUACGCACUACCUAGAAAAUGUACCACGGAACAAGCGGGUCGACCAAAGUGUCCCUUGGAUCCUUUCUAUAUAAUGCCGGACAAAUGCCGUUGCGUGGACUUCCAGGUGUUGAAGCUCCAGGAAUUGCCAGAUCACAUACCACAGGGCGAGAUGCCGAGGCAUCUGCAGCUAUACUGCGAUCGCUACUUAUGCGACAGAGUCGUUCCCGGCAAUCGAGUUCUGAUUCUUGGAAUAUACUCCAUCAAAAAAGUCUCUAACAAACCGACCGGCAAGGCUGCGGGCAGAGAGAAAGGGUUAGUGGGCGUACGAGCUCCGUACAUCCGAGUGCUCGGCAUCACCGUGGAUGGGGAGAACGCAAAUAUUGGUACACAGCCGCCCGUCACGUCCGAAGAGGAGGAUCUCUUCACCCGUUUGGCAGCAGACCCCAAUCUGUACGAGAGGAUCGCGAAGAGCAUAGCCCCGAGCAUCUUCGGCGCGGUAGAUAUCAAGAAAGCCAUCGCGUGUUUGUUAUUCGGCGGAUCCAGGAAACUGAUGCCGGAUGGGCUGUGCAGGAGAGGUGAUAUCAACGUCCUGAUGCUGGGUGAUCCGGGUACCGCGAAGUCACAGUUAUUGAAAUUCGUGGAGAGGGUUGCCCCCAUCGCCGUCUACACGUCGGGAAAAGGCAGCUCCGCGGCCGGCUUGACGGCGUCGGUAUCGCGAGAUCCGGUCACCAGGAAUUUCGUUAUGGAGGGCGGCGCGAUGGUCCUCGCGGACGGUGGAGUCGUUUGCAUAGACGAGUUCGACAAGAUGAAGGAGGACGACCGGGUGGCGAUACACGAAGCGAUGGAGCAGCAAACGAUCUCGAUCGCAAAGGCAGGCAUAACGACGACUCUAAACACGAGGUGCUCCGUGCUGGCAGCGGCUAACUCGGUCUUUGGUCGGUGGGACGACAUCAAGGGCGAAGAGAACAUAGAUUUCAUGCCGACGAUACUGUCACGCUUCGACACGAUAUUCAUCGUCAAGGAUGAGCAUGAGCACAACAGAGAUAUUACUCUGGCCAAGCACGUCAUGAACAUCCACUGCAACGCCGGCCAGAUCACGGAACACUCGGUGGAGGGGGAGAUCCCCGUGCACGUUCUCAAGAAGUACAUCAGCUACUGCAGAACGCGUUGCGGUCCGAGACUAGACGCGGAGGCGGGAGAGAAGCUAAAGAAUCGUUACGUGAUGAUGCGAGCUGGUACGAGAGAGCACGAGAAGGACGCUGAGAAAAGAUUGUCUAUACCCAUCACAGUCCGGCAGCUAGAAGCCGUCAUACGAAUGUCCGAGGCCCUGGCCAAGAUGCAGAUGCAACCAUUCGCUACCGAGGUCCAUGUUAACGAGGCUUUAAGGCUCUUCCAAGUAUCUACGUUAGAGGCUGCGAUGUCUGGAUCAUUAGCAGGAGCGGAAGGGUUUACUUCAGAAGAGGAUCACGAAAUACUGUCCCGCAUUGAGAAGCAAUUGAAAAACAGAUUUCCUAUCGGACAUCAAGUGUCUGAACAGAAUAUAGUGAGGGACUUCCUUAAACAGUCGUUUCCCGAACGUGCUAUUUACAAAGUUAUACAUACAAUGAUACGUCGCGGUGAGCUUCAACAUCGCUUGCAACGUAAAAUGUUGUACAGAUUGCACUGAAGAUUAACAGAAACGUCUUCGAUGCACGAUAA